AUGACGCCUCCAACUUCAACGGUGUCCCGAAAACGAACUCGUUCAACAAAUGUUUCUGAAAGUAAUCAUGAUCUUGAACAAGCAACAUCAACAUCAACAUCAUCUAUUGUUUCGAAUCAACCAAAUAGUACCGCUGUUCUUCCUAAACGUCAGCGUAAUAAUCCACCACCACCACCACCACCAUCAACAGCUCCGUCGAUAUCAUCACGUACAAAUUAUUCACUACGGAAUCGUUCCCUAACAUCCGAUACUCGACCUUCAUCAACACGACUAUCAUCUGUUGAUACGUCAAAUAGUUCGCAACGAUACAAUUUACGACCGCGACAACUACCAUCAUCCCAAAUUUAUUUACCACAAGUUUCAACUUCACAUCCAAUUACAGCUCCACGCCGUGCUCGUCGUCAAAUACAAUCUACACUUCUACAAUCAGAUCAACCAACAUCAUCAUCAAUUGUUCAGCCAAGACAAUAUCGUCUUGUUUACAUAUCUGAUGAUGAUGAUUCACCAAAUACAACUACGCAACCAUCAGCAUCCAUGGUUAAUACAACUUUUAAUUUAGUAACAGAUGACGAAGAUGAUGAAUUCAUACAAUCACAGCCUCGUCGAAUAGCAAGAUCAACAGCCAACAAUACUGGACAUAAUACACGUUCUCGUACAUCUACUGAUCCGACAAAUUUAAUAUCGAUUGAUAAUCAGGAUUUUACUACUGGUGGGGUAGCUCAUGUUCGUCUUAAUCGUGCUAUUGAAAUUGUUAUUGAUUCUAUACAAUCUCUCGAAGGUGCUGUAAAUAAUUUUGAUCAACUUGUUUUCGGUCUUAUUUAUGGUCGUUUAAGUACAAGAAAUGAAUUUGAAAAUAUUGAAGGUAUGAUACGUUUAUCUCGCAUACUCAAUUUAAAUUUUCCAUCACGAUUAACGCAAGAUGAAAUAAAUGCCUUGCCAAAAAUAAAAUUUAUUAAUAAAUCUGAUACAACAACAUCAUCAAUACUUUUAGCUGAAAAAUGUCCUAUUUGUCUAUCUGAAUUUAAUGAUCAAGAAAUAAUUAAUAAAUUACAUUGUACACAUUUAUUUCAUCUUGAAUGUAUUUCAACAUGGCUUGGUGAAAAUGAUUCAUGUCCGACGUGUCGUCGAAAAGUUAAUGGAAAUUAA